AUGUUGAUCAAGAAGACUUUCCACGACGUUCCGUCCAAGUUGUCCCCCAAUGGACAUCCUAAUCGCAUAUACAUCAUCCAACCAGUCGUUCCCGGCUAUCCUAAUGCUAAAUGGCCCGGUGUCGUUGUGUUCAGUGAAAUCUAUCAAGUAACUGGACCUGUCGAACGUUUCGCAGGCCAGAUUGCCUCUCAGGGCUACGUCGUUGCUUGCCCGUCAAGCUUUCACGAGUUUGAAGGUCCAGAACCGAUUCCAUACGACACAGAGGGUACUGACCGAGGAAACAAAUACAAGGCGAGUAGGAUAUCAUUGAUACAGGACUCUACGGACGCGAUUGACCUCCUAACAUCGCUUCCAAACUGCAAUGGAAGAAUUGGAGUUACCGGAAUGUGUCUCGGUGGUCAUUUGGCAUUUAGAGCGGCAUUUGACCCCCGUGUCAAAGCGGCUGUAUGCUGGUUCGCUACCGAUAUUCAUUCGGCCACGCUCGGACGUGGUGGAGACGAUUCUCUCGCCAAGGUCAAAGCCGGCGCGUUGACUGGGCCGGGCAAGGCGGAACUCAUCAUGAUAUUUGGCAAACAAGAUACGCACGUACCCCGAGCAGGACGUGACUUGAUCCGUAGUACGCUGGAGGAUGCGAAUGUGACCGUCUCGUUUCUCGAGGUCCAAGCGCAACAUGCAUUUAUCCGUGACGAGUCUAGCAAGGAUCGUUGGGACGCGGCGUUGACGCGUGAUUUGUUUGGGCUGAUGAUGAGUUUGUUCCACAAGAUUGGGAGUGAAUUGGGGCCUCCAGAAGCCGUAGGGGCUGUUGAACAUCCCUGUUCAGGUGCUGCAAAUGCCCACAACGCUGGUGGCGAUCAGCCACAGUCGACGUCGCGCUCUGCAAGCCCAAGCGCAGCCCAGGAUACGCUCACUCUCCGCGCUCUCGUCGGCACGAAAGACGCUGGAAUUAUCAUUGGCAAGGCGGGCAAGAAUGUUGCCGAUCUUCGUGAGCAGACCGGUGUCAAGGCUGGCGUUUCCAAAGUCGUCGCUGGUGUUCACGAGCGUGUCCUCAGUGUCACUGGAAGUGUCCAAGGAGUCGCAAAGGCGUACACCACGAUUCUCCAACAACUCGUCACGUCUUCUCCUUCUUCGACGACCGCUCCUGCAAAUCCCUCCAACCAUACCAUCAUUCGCUUGCUCAUCUCUCACAACCUCAUGGGUACCAUCAUUGGUCGCAAUGGAUUGAAGAUUAAGAAUAUUCAAGACUCGUCUGGUGCUCGUAUGGUCGCCCAAAAGGACAUGCUCCCCCAAUCCACUGAGCGUAUCGUCGAAGUGCAAGGUUCCCCUGAGGCUAUCGGCAAGGCCAUUGAGGAGAUUGGCAAGUGUCUCCUCGAGGACUGGGAACGUGGUCUCGGAACCGUCCUCUACCAACCAGGUGCUGGUGGUCCAGACGCAAUCACAAACAUUCUUGCUGGAUCUGCCAGUCGUCGUGGCUCGUACGCCAACCCGAGCGUCAACGCGCUCACAGAAAGCGCUCGUCGUCUCUCCCUCGUCGAUUUUACGCCCAGUGUAGGAAGCGCCAACAGCCGUUCGACAAAUGGAUCGAGCGCAGCGAGCUCGGGUGCCACUUCUUCUGUCGUCGCUCCAUCUGUCCAGUCCCAAUCCUCUCAGGCCACUGCCAUUCCACCGUCCAAUGCUCCCCCGGGCUCGGGCCAGCCACUUCGUACACAGAGCAUCUCGAUUCCGUCUGACAUGGUCGGAUGCAUCAUCGGGCGCGCGGGUACCAAAAUCACCGAGAUUCGUCGACUUUCCGGGAGCAAGAUCUCCAUUGCCAAGGGUCCACACGACGAGACUGGCGAGCGCAUGUUCACAAUUGUUGGUACGCCCGAGUCGAACGAAAAGGCGCUCUACUUGUUGUACAACCAACUCGAGAGCGAAAAGGAGCGUCGCGUCGGUCGUGAGCUCGCACAGCAGUCCGAGACGGCCGUCUAA